UGAUUCUAGGCGCUUUCCACGGGCCGCGGCAGGCGCUUAUGACUGUUGUUGUUUUCUUGUCUGCUUCCUCGAUGAAGGUCAACCCGCCUCAAAGACGACAUCUGAAUUCAUGCGAUGAAUGUCGCAAGCGCAAAGUUCGCUGUGAUAGCGCGACGAUUCCCGGCAAUGUUUGUACAGAAUGUUUAAGAUGGAAAACUGAAUGUACGCACAAUAUGCCCAAUAAGAGACGUGGACCCAAGGUCGGAUCAUCUCGAAGAUCCUCUACAUUCAAGGCAGAACUGAAGCACGUUGUCUCUUCCAUCGUUGACUCCGCUGAUACCUACACUUUACCUAAAGACUUGAACUUCGUUCGAACUCUAGUCAUCGACCUUGCUUCACAUAUCCGAUUCUUGGAGACACAGUUGAGACAAAACCUCAAUUCCACCAGGAGUUCAUCACCGUUCAUUCCUCCAACCCUCAACCACGAGUGUGACGUCUUGGGAAUCAAUACGGGGGACGUCGAUGUGCUUUCCUCUCGUUUCGAAGAGAUCCUCACCUUAGACAACCAGCGGCAUUAUGGUGAUUCUAGCACGUUCCAGUUUGUCUGGAACGCGCUUCAUAUAAAAGGCCAAAUUUCUAGCGGAGAAAUUCAGCCGUCAAUCAAGGUCGACAAGCUCAAACGACCAGAACUCUGGACGGUACCUAAAUGGCCCGCUUCUCCUGCUUUCGAACAUCUUCCCUAUGUCUUUCCAGAUGACGACCUCAUGCAUGAUCUCAUCGACCUUUAUUUCGCCAAAGUGGAACCCUACUUCCCAAUGCUCCACCGAAACACACUAGAGCAAUCUCUCUCGGACGGCCUUCAUCUCAGUGACCGGCGGGUCGGUGCCAUUCUUCUGAUGAUAUGUAGCUUGGCUUCUCAGCAUUCGGACGAUCCACGAACGUUGAACGAGGGUACCGAGUCGGAGUACUUCAAAGGCUGGAAAUAUUUUUGUCAAAUCCGGCUCACCCACCGAUUCGAAGAACCUCCUUCAAUACAUGAGUUCCAGCUUUAUCCAUUGGCAUCCCUGUAUCUGCACACUACGAAUAUAUCAGGUGUAGCUUUUUAUCUCAUCGCAAUUGGAAUACGCUCUGCACAUCAGAAGGGCGUAAAUGAACGCCAGUUUGUGGUUCCAAAUAAUGCCAUCGAAACUGAACUAUGGAGGCGAGCAUUCUGGUGCCUAAUAGUAUUUGAUAUUUAUGGUAGUACUACCCUUGGACGACCGCGGGCAACCAUUGCUGAGAACAUUGACGCAAAUUACCCUCAAGAAUUCGAUGAUGACCUUCGGGAAAAGGACACAGAAAUAUCUUCUGAGCCUGUGAUAAACUCAUCAUCAAUGUUGUUCUGGGUACAUUACAUCAAACUGUUCGAGAUCAUCGGAUUUGCAAAUCGCGCUUUUUAUUCGGUCAAAACUUCGGAAUUGUGGAAUCGGUUGGGUAUCUCUGGUCCAGAAUGGGAUCACAAAGCAGUGAUCGAACUAGAUGCUGCGCUUAAUAAAUGGUUCGAUACAAUUCCAAAUAAUCUUAGAUGGGACCCGCAAGGCCAAAGCGAGACAUGCUCACGACAGUCGAGUAUGCUAUACGCUACGUAUUAUUGGGCUCAAUAUCAAGUACACAAGCCAUUCAUUUCUCGUUCCGACACUCCCUCGACAUUGCCAUCAGUGACGAUUUGCGCAAAUUCUGCACGAACGAUGAUUGGUUUACUCGAGACACAGCAUCAUCAACAUCCAUUUGUUGCUCUACCUCUCCUAAUAGGACCUCUUUUUGACUCAGCCAUCGUCCUGCUGAUCAAUUUGUGGAGAGGCCUGCGAAAUCAAAUUGCGCUGAAUUCGUCAAAGGAGCUAGAGUGCGUGCGUAGGUGUAUUAACGUACUCAGCAUGUAUGAAAAACGAUAUCAAGUUGCGGGCCGUCUAUGCGAUCUCCUGAACAAUGUUAUUUCAGUGGACCUGCCGACAUCUCCUGAGAGGCGCCCUCCAAAGCGUCCUGAAACGAUGGUGGAUGUAUCACCUGUUUUGGAACAUUCAAAUUUCGAGCGGUACCUUUCGCGGAAUGGAACCGGUGAACCAGUUCCAUCAAGCUCUGAAGAUCGGACUGUGCUCGAUUCAGAUUCAGUAGCUCAUCUCGAAAGUUUUGACGUCCCAUAUCACUCAUAUGAACUUGGAACAUUACCGUUGUACAGUUCAUGGGAUCCUGAUGCUCACGGGAGCACAAGUGUAAAUGCUGUUUAUCCCGAUAACGAUCCUUUCGGUGGAGCAUCAUCCUGGUUAGCUUCCUCUCUUGAGCCAUCUCAGUAAGGAUUUCGAGUUAUCCCUGAAUAAAUGAUUUUUUUGAUACUCCAAUCAGGCAGGAGGAUUGGGAAUUGUUCAUUGCAGGUAUUGACAUGUUGCUGCAAACAGGUUAUGGAAUGAAUUCCAGUUCGUGAGCUACGACCCUCACUCGAUUGAAUGUUCAAAAUUAGGAAUCAGGAGCAUAGAUAGAUUCACUUGCU